AUGCUGCAAGGCUACAGUCGACGAGGGGCGCGUUUUCUGCGCCGGCCGUGUGGCGUCACCGCGGUGACUGUAGCCUCGCAACCUGCAACUUUCGGAGAAGCACCAAAGAUGGCCCUGAUGAGCAGCAUAGUGCACGCGUCCGUGCGUCCCUUCUUCACUGCUACGCCGUUGUGCCUCGCACGGCGCCUCGCUGGUAAUCAGCGCCGGCAGCGCAAUCGCGAGCCAACCAAAGGCGACUGGCAAUGCCAGUGUGGCGAAGUCAACUACUACUCCAAGCGCGAGUGCUACAAGUGUGGUGCUCCCGCCCCACCCCUUCCCCCUGGCGUUCGCCGCCCCAACCUGCCAGGUGAGGAUCCGCAUGAUUGGGCCUGCCCGUGUGGCCAGAUGAACUUUAGAGGCUCCGUCUUGUGCCACAAGUGUCAGCAGCCAAAGCCGGUGCCUCCGCCGCUGCCUGGGAAGGAGACGACCCUGUGGACGUGCCCCAAGUGCAAAGGUGUCAACCGCAACACCCGCAAGUUCUGCUUCAAGUGCUCGGUGCCGUCACCGUUAGUCGAGUUUAAGCCGCAACAGUAG